AUGUGCCUCAUUUUUCAUCAGUACAUCACGACGAACGACGUGGGAUGGCCGACAGAAUGCAAAUUUUUAUUGCGACAGCAGCACCCGUUGCACAAUUCGACGGCUCCGCCCCCACCGCAUCUAAUAUCUUACGCGCGCCUUGUCAUGUCUCAUUAUAAUAAUGCGCUGACAGUCUCGGCGUGUCAUGUCAGCACCUGUUGCGAUGCCAGCCGUUCGCUUCCUUAUUGAAUUAUCUUCUUCUUGGAGCACAAAUUCUCGCUUCUUUUCAAGCACUUUCCUAGUUUAGUGACAGACAGUUAAUAGAAAGAGUCGAAUUAAUUAUUAAUCGGAGGGUUUUUUUUUCUUAAUCUUCAAAGGCUGUGAAAAGUUCAGACUGUCAGAAUAACAAGCGUCCUUUGUUUUUCUUCGGAAUCAUUUUUUUUUGAAACUGUUUAUUUUAUAUCCUGGAAAAACAUUUUUGAUCGCUUGGCUGGUCAAACGGAAAGCUUUGACACAUUUUGAAAAUUCAUUCGAAAGCCACUUAGGUUAGUCAUGGGUAAUUUUAAUAAUUAAGAUCAGCGUUUUUUUAGCAUUCCAGUUUUCCAUAUACUUUGCUUUUUUGCCCCUUGAAUCGACAACUUUUCGGGACCCCAUUUUGAUGGUGUCGUCGAUUGGCCGAGUGCAAACGACACUUUUUGCGGUGUUUUUCAAAACGGAGCCUCUUUGAAUAAGUUGCAAUCAAUUGUGUGUGGAGGACGACACCGCCGGACACACGUUACGCACAAAUGCACGCAAUCAUACAGAUAUAUUUAUAUAUCAGUUCUAUUCAUUGGGUUGAAUGGGAAGGUGUUGCGUUUCUCUUCCCCUCCUUCGCGUCCUUGUACAGUCACUGGAUUCGCGUAAUAAUCAGUGCGGUUAGGAAAUGAAACGAUGGCCAAAAAAGGUUGAUUGAAACGGCGGCGACAAACCAUUUGGGAUGACGUUCGUUGCCAAGUUAUACACACCUUGCGGUUUGACGCAAAAGAACUGGAACCAGCGCCAUUGGAAGAUGUUCAACCGAAAACACAUUCCAAGUUUAUGCACUGGCAAGUGAUCUUGGAAAAAACCUUUUUCUAAAGUUCACCGUUUUAAUUAACAAAUAUAUUAUGGCCGUUUACGGCAAACGCUAUUGAAAUUGAUAGGCUCCGCCCACAAGAGUUGGCCACGCCCUUGUCUAUUGUCCUUCGGACUCAAUUUCACACACAAAAGACUGAAAAGAUUGUCCCUUUUUUUCAUUUGAAGGAGAAAUCAAGCUCAUCUUCUCGUAAUGUGAUCCGAACUGCGUAAUUGCUUUUCGAUGUGUUGCUUGCCGAAAAUUUAUCCGUUUUCAUUAUUAGUUUUUAUAAAUACUUAUUUGCCCAAAGCUCUUUUUUUUUAAGUACUGCUAUAUUUUUUUAAUCCUUUUUCCUUAGACUUUUUUAAAAUUCUGGUUAUCAUAUUUUUCGUAAUCUAUUCACUUUGAUGGCUGAAAAAAUGGCUAACAGUAUCAUUUUAUAUUUUUGUCAAGCGUUUUUUAAUAGAAAGUGGUAGUUUUCAACUGAGAAUAUUCAUAAGAUUACAUUAUAGAGCUUCACUUCACUUUCAUUUUGGAGUUCGAUUAGUCUUGUAAAUUAGUGAGCCUUGUUCUUGAAUUCAUAUUCGUCACUCUUCAUUUUCCUUGUUUCAUCCUUUCUGAAUAUUCUGAAGAAAGUCUGCGAAAGUUUCACAACAAACGGAAAUCAAAAAAGGCUUUCUUGAGGAAGAGGGAGUCUCACCAGCAUUACCGGAUUUGUAUCGCUUUUUCUGAGUAUCACAUGUACUUUUGGAAGUUCUCCAUUCUCGAAUUCGACGUUAGAAUAUUGGAUGAUAAGUGUACAGUAAGAGAGAGAAUGAAGUAGGUCUGGAGUUUUGCGAGACGUUCGUCGGAAUUGGCCGCUCGGCCGCCGAUUGGCCCAACGUCCGAGGCUCCGCCCCUCGGCCGCUCUUCAAGUCUUCAUUGCCUCAACUGCGGCUCAUCAUUUCUCACUUUUGGGUCCAAAAUAUAGCCGAGGCUUCUGGAAGCCCCGCCUAA